ACAUUGUUAUAAUUUAUUCAUAGAUAUAUACAGAUUAAACAAAUAAAUCAAAUUGAAGAAACCAUUUUGUGAACACUCAACAAUGAUUAUCCAUAACCAUAACUACAAAUUUGCAAUUCCACAUACUUUGUUUGUUCUUUUGUUGCUAGCUCUAUGUCAAGUAUCUUCAGGGUUAACACAAGUUGAAGCCUUGUUCAAAUGGAAACAAAGUCUCCCUCAACAACAAAUUCUUGAUUCAUGGAUCAUUAACAAUUCAACAUCAAAUUCAACACAAAAUACACCAUGUUCAUGGAGAGGUAUCACUUGUGAUUCUCAUGGAAGUGUUAUAGUCAUAAACUUGGCUUAUACUGGACUUGAAGGUACUCUUAAACACUUAAACUUAUCAGUUUUUCCAAACCUUCUUCGUCUCGAUCUCAAAACAAACAACCUCACUGGUACCAUACCUGAAAACAUCGGCGUUCUUUCAAAACUCCAAUUUCUUGAUCUUUCUACUAAUUACUUCGAUGGAACUUUGCCUCUUUCUAUAUCCAAUUUGACUCAAGUUUACGAGCUUGAUGUCUCGAGAAACGACGUAUCAGGGAUAUUAGACCGUCGUUUAUUUCCUGAUGGAACUGGUAAGUUCAGUUCCAAAACUGGACUUCUCAGCAUCAGGAAUCUACUUUUCCAGGAUACCCUUUUGGGUGGACGGAUUCCAAAUGAAAUAGGGAAUAUAAAAAACUUGACUUUGCUAGCUCUUGAUGCAAACAAUUUCUUUGGGCCUAUUCCUUCAUCUUUAGGAAACUGUACACAUUUAAGCAUUCUUAGAUUGAAUGAAAACCAAUUCACUGGCCCAAUUCCACCAAGUAUAGGCAAACUCACCAACCUAACUGAUUUAAGGUUUUUCACUAACAACUUAAAUGGUACAGUGCCACAAGAAUUUGGAAACCUUUCUUCUUUGAUUGUUUUACAUCUUGCUGAGAACAAUUUCAUUGGUGAGUUACCACCACAAGUUUGCAAAAGUGGAAAGCUUGUGAAUUUUAGUGCAGCCUUUAAUAGUUUCACUGGCCCUAUUCCAAGAAGCCUUAGAAAUUGUCCUUCUUUGUAUAGAGUUAGGCUUGAAUACAACAAGCUAACAGGUUAUGCAGAUCAAGAUUUUGGAGUUUAUCAAAAUCUAACUUAUAUGGAUUUCAGCUAUAAUAGAAUAGAAGGUGAUUUAUCUUCUAAUUGGGGUGCAUGCAAAAACUUACAAUUUCUCAAUAUGGCUGGAAAUUCAGUGAAUGGUAACAUUCCAAGUGAAAUUUUUCAUAUGGGUCAAUUGCAAGAGCUUGAUCUGUCUUUUAACCAAUUAUCAGGAAACAUUCCUUCAAAAAUAGGAAACUCUUCAAAUUUGUAUAAUUUAAAUUUGAGAGGAAAUAGGCUUUUUGGUAAGAUACCUAUUGAAAUUGGAAAGCUUUCUAAUUUGCAAAUUUUAGACCUUUCAAUGAACAUGUUAUUUGGACCAAUUCCAAUUCAAAUAGGCGAUUGUUCCAAUUUGUUGAGUUUGAAUUUAAGUAACAAUGAAUUGAAUGGCACAAUUCCUUUCCAAAUUGGGAACCUUGCAUCUUUACAAGACUUUUUGGACUUGAGUUACAAUGAUUUUUCAGGUGAAAUUCCUCCUAACAUUGGCAAGCUUUCAAAUUUGAUAAGCUUGAAUAUCUCUCACAACAAUUUAUCAGGUCCUAUCCCUAAUGCAAUUAGUGGAAUGUUGAGUUUGUCAACUUUGAAUCUCUCUUACAAUCAUUUGGAGGGAAAUGUUCCUAAAGAUGGCAUAUUCAAUUCUUCUUAUCCACUUGAUUUAAGCAACAAUCCAAAUUUAUGUGGAAAUUUUAAAGGUUUGCAACAUUGUAAUGUGUCACUCAAUGAACCUAGUAAUGGAAGUAACAAAAACAAGGUUGUGAUUCCUAUUGUUGCUUCUUUAGGGGGUGCCCUUUUAGUUUCAUUGGUGUUUGUUGGUAUAUUUUUGUUUUGUUAUAAGAGAAAGUUAAGAACUUCAAGACAAAAGUCUUUUUUGGAGAUACCAAAUCCCUUUUCAAUUUGGUACUUCAAUGGAAGAGUUGUGUAUGGAGACAUAAUUGAAGCUACAAAGAAUUUUGACAACAAGUAUUGCAUUGGUGAAGGAGCAUUUGGGAAUGUUUAUAAAGCUGAGAUGCCAGGAGGACAAAUAUUUGCCGUGAAAAAGUUGAAGUGUGAUGAAGAAAAUUUAGACACCGAGAGUAUAAAAUCCUUCGAAAGCGAGGUGGAAGCAAUGACAGAGACGCGACACAGAAACAUAGUGAAGCUUUAUGGAUUUUGUUGCGAAGGGAUGCACACAUUUCUUGUUUAUGAGUAUAUGGAUAGAGGGAGUUUAGCUGAAAUGUUGAAUGAUGAUAAGAAAGCAUUGGAAUUAGAUUGGUAUAAAAGGGUUGAGAUUGUGAAAGGUGUUGCAAGUGCUCUUUCUUAUAUGCAUCAUGAUUGUUCUCCACUUUUAAUUCAUAGAGACAUAUCAAGCAAGAAUGUUUUAUUGUCUUCCAAUCUUGAAGCUCAUGUCUCAGAUUUUGGGACAGCAAGGUUUCUAAAGCAUGAUUCACCUAUUUGGACAUCAUUUGCUGGCACAUAUGGAUAUGCUGCUCCAGAACUUGCUUACACAAUGGCAGUGACAGAGAAAUGUGAUGUAUUCAGCUUUGGUGUUUUGGCAUUUGAGAUUCUAACAGGAAAGCACCCUGGUGAUCUUGUUUCUUACAUUCAAACUUCUAAUGAUCAAAAGAUAGACUUCAAAGAGAUUUUAGACCCUCGUCUUCCUCCUCCAAAUAAGAACAUUAUGAAGGAAUUGUCAUUGAUUGCAAAUUUAGCUCUUGCUUGUUUAUACACAAAUCCUCAAUCUAGACCAACCAUGAGAGGUAUAGCACAGUUGCUAGAAAUGGAGAGUGCAUAUAACUCUUAAUUGAAUUCCUUUACUAUUUGUUUUUGGGUCCAUUUUGUUUGUAUAUAGACACUUGUAGUGUUUGGUAUGUAUCCUUGAUCAUAGUGAUUUUUAUUUCCUUUCUUAAAAGGCAACAUAUUUAAUGAAAUGAUUAGAAACUUUAGAAUGGUUCUCUGUUUCUAAAUUCUUGAUUGAA